AUGUUCCGCUUCCACAAGACCCUCGACAUCGUCACCCUCUUCCAUAAGGCGAGCUCCCCCGCCUCCGUGAGGGCCGCCAACAUCCUCAAGCAGGUCUCCGCCAACGCCGCCGCUGGCGCGACCGAGGACCAGGCCAGCGACCACAGCGUCCAGACGAACCCCAUGAAGUCCCGCGCCGAGUUCGAGCUCAACAUCACCGAGGAGAACCCCACCGCCGACCAGGUCAAGACCAUCCUGGAGUACGUCGGAAAGAGCAAGCUGUCGUCCAUCAUCCAGGGCGCCUCGACCGAACAGGAGGCCCUGAAGAAGUUCCAACAAAAUGCCGAGACCUUCCAGAGACCUGUGAUUGUGGACUGGAACAACGGCAAGGCUGUCGCUGGCGACAAUGAAUCUGAGAUUCUCAAGAUGCUCAAUGCCUUGAACAGCAGCAAGAGCUGA